AUGGGUGCCCGUCUUACACGUUCGGAUUUUCAAUAUGUUUAUACAGAUGAACCACAUACAACACGUCGAAGAGAAAUGCUACAAAAAUACCCUCAAAUAAAAAAAUUAAUGGGUCAUGAUUGGCGUAUUGCUGUUCAAGUUGUUAUUACUGUAUUAAUACAACUAAUAAUGGCUAUUCUAGUACGAGAUCUUUCAUGGAGAUAUGUUUGGUUAUUUACAUAUGUUAUUAGUGGCACACUUAAUCAUUCACUUUCAAUUAGUUUUCAUGAAAUUGGUCAUAAUUUAGCUUUUGGUAAUCAUAGACCGAUUGCAAAUCGUAUUCUUGGUUAUAUAGCGAAUCUUCCAUUAUGCAUUCCAUCAUCAGUUACAUUUAAAAAAUAUCAUAUUGAUCAUCAUAAAUUUCAAGGUGAUGAUAUACUUGAUCCAGAUCUACCAACUUAUUUCGAAGCAUGGUUAUUUCAAUCACGUAUUGGUAAAAUUUUUUAUAUUAUGGCUCAACCAUUACUUUAUGCUGUUCGACCAUUAUUACGUGUACCAAAACCAGUAACACUUCUUGAAGUGAUUAAUCUUCUAAUUGAAGUUGUUUUUGAUCUUAUUGUAAUGUAUGUACUUGGAAGAAAAUCAUUUGUUUAUUUAUUAUUUGGAACAUUACUUGGUCUUGGUCUUCAUCCUGUUUCAGGACAUUUUAUAUCUGAACAUUAUGUAUUUGUUGAAGGGUAUGAAACAUAUUCUUAUUAUGGCCCAUUUAAUUAUUUAACAUAUAAUGUUGGUUAUCAUAAUGAACAUCAUGACUUUCCAAAUAUUCCAGGUUAUUUAUUACCAGAGUUAAAAAAGAUUGCACCAGAUUAUUAUGAUAAUUUACCAUGUCAUGCUUCAUGGAUUAAAGUAUUAAUUGAUUUUGUUCGUAAUCCAAAUUUAGGACCAAAAUCUCGAAUACGUCGUACAAUACGUUCGGAUGCAUUAAAAUUAAAUAAUGCAAUUGAUUUAAAAAACAAAACAAAAGUUAAUGAAGUUCUACAUGAUGUUAUUGAUAAUAAUAAUAAUACAUAUGUAUCAAGAGAUGAAAGAAAAUUAAUAAAUAAAAAGAAACAUUCUGGUAAACAGAAUGAUCUAUCAUCAUCAAUAGGAUUAACGAAUGGUGAACAUGUGAAAAAUGAAUGA